AUGGCUCAACUUCUAACAUUGGGUGAAAAUCACAGAGGAACUAGAGCAAACCUGGCGGCAUAUGAUGUUGAACUAUUUCGUUGUUGUUCUCACACCUAUGUUGCACCCGACGAGAGGAUUGUUCCGUAUCUACAAGCAUGUGGCUUCGGACAUGUCAUCAAAAUUGACAACAACACCAUCGACCGAAAAUUCAUACUUGCGUUACAAGAGCGAUGGAGGCCUGAAACCCACACGUUUCAUCUUCCAACAGGUGAGUGUACAAUAACUCUAGAGGAUGUCUAUAUGUUGCUUGGUCUGCCCAUUGAUGGGAAGGCUGUUAAUGGAAGUGUUCAACAUGCUAAUGUACUAUGUGAGAAUGUGUUGGGGAGAGAUCUGAUUGUGACGUCUCAAGGUUCAAGAGGACAGGGUAUCAGUCUGGCUUCCCUUAGAGCUUAUUAUGAUGAACUCAAAUUGGACGACAACUCUAUCGAGGAGCAAAUUUUCCAAAAGACUAAGGUUUAUAUCAUGUUAAUGUUUGGUAACCUCUUAUUCCCAGAGUCGACAGGUAACACUGUCAACUUUUUUUAUUUUAGUCUAUUUGAUAGCAUUAGCAAGAUUAGGAAGUAUAGUUGGGGGUCUGCAGUUUUGGCAUUGUUAUACCAAUCUCUUUGUAAAAAUGCAUACGACGACACUUGCACAUUCUAUGGAUGUGCGUUCCUACUACAAGUUUGGGGUUGGUGGAGAAUGCCAACGCUAUCCCCUGCAGGCAGGGACAACUACAUGUUCCCUUAUGCAACAAGGUUUUGUGGUCCUCGGUUGAAUUACAGUAGGAAUCUGAGGGGGAAUAUUCUUUUGUAUCGGCAACUAUUGGAUCACCUCCGAGCUCAAGAUGUAUUACCACUAAACUUUUCUAUGAUGCUUUAA